CCUCCCUCCUCUCCUCUCCUCUUCUCUCCUCUCCUUCACCGUGCGCAAACGCACCGCGGUGUGGAAUACUCGCUCUCUGACGCGCGCUGGCGUCCGCCAAAGUCUGCGCGAAGAAGAAGAAGAAGAAGUCGUUUCAAAUCGUUGUCUUUCAAAACGUGGAGCUUUCUCUCUCUCUCUCUCUCUCUUUUUUUUUCCUUUGCUGAACUACGCCGGGACUAAAACUGAAUUAUUCAUCCUCCGCAUCUGCCUUGGCUGAACACGGGAGCGCGCUGCUUCUCGCCCCGCUUUUUCGCAAUCACAUCGGAGCGCAUCGUUGUGAGGAGCGCGAGUUGAGCGUUUAGCAGGGCUUCGGAGAAGCAAAAAAAUCGUGAUUUCUUUUUAAGUCUCCGGAACUGUUGGGGUGGGGGGUGGCAACUGAAAGGGAGAUCCGAUCAUCAACGUCCCUUCUCCCUUCUUUUUUGGCCUCUCCUUGCGUAUGAACCGAAGAAUGCCGGCGCGAUUUUUCCAGCCGAUUCAACGCAGAGAUGCGCCUUUCUUCACUUCUCCGCUGCCUUUUCGGGUGAAUUUGUCCUCCUGAGCUUUUGCUAUGUCCCUCCAGUGCUCGGCUGUCUCGGGGAUUAAUGGCAGAAUGUGCGUUCAGGACAAGUGGAGGCUGACUGGAAGAGACGCCAAGGCUGAAAUUGGAGCCUGAAUGGACAAAUUCCCCAGGUCCCGUGUAAAGUGCGGUGUCUUCUGGAGAGAAGGCGAUAUUUCGGACGCUGCAGGUUGCUAAAUGGUUUUCUGGGGGAUUAUUAAAAGGCAAAAAUGCUGCUGCUUGUUCUGUUGGCCUUUUCCGUAUCGAGUACAUUUUCUGACUCGGAUACUGAACUCUCAGCCGAGACCUGCAGUGCCUGCUCUUGCAUGUCCAUUGAGAACGUCCUCUAUGUGAACUGUGAGAAAAUAACUGUGUACAGGCCAACACAGCUGCUCCCUCCACAAUCCAGCCUCUACCAUCUGAAUUUCCAGAAAAACCUUUUGUACAUUCUUUACCCCAACACUUUUCUGAAUUUCACGCACGCAGUCUCUCUCCAGCUGGGGAACAACAAGCUGCAGAACAUCGAGGGAGGGGCUUUCAUGGGACUCAGUGCAUUAAAACAGUUGCACUUAAAUAACAAUGAAUUAAAAGAGCUCCGGGCUGACACUUUCCGGGGGAUCGAAAACUUGGAAUACCUCCAGGCUGACUACAAUUUAAUCAAGUAUAUUGAGAAGGGAGCCUUCAACAAAUUACAUAAGCUAAAGGUUGUAAUUCUAAAUGACAAUCUUAUACAGAGCCUGCCUGAGAACAUAUUCCGCUUUGCCUCCCUCACACACUUGGAUAUACGAGGAAACAGGAUACAGAAGCUCCCGUAUCUUGGAGUUUUGGAGCACAUUGGAAGGAUAGUGGAAUUGCAACUGGAUGACAACCCAUGGAAUUGCACCUGUGAUUUGUUACCUCUGAAAGCUUGGUUGGAGAAUAUGCCCUAUAACAUUUUUAUCGGCGAGGCUAUAUGUGAGACUCCCAGUGACCUAUAUGGCCGACUUUUGAAAGAGACCAAUAAACAAGAACUAUGCCCUCUGGGAGUUGGCAGUGACUUUGAUGUGAGGAUGCCCCCUUCCCAGCCAGACGCUGGACACACCAUAUCUAACAUUGCACCAUCCACAUUAGCACCCUCAGUUACCAAAGCACCGAAAACUACAAAUCCCUCCAAAAUCUAUGGGAAUGGUAUUGUUGCUGGUAUUCCAGUGGGUAAAAAUGGCCAGAUUGUGUCCUACCAAACCCGAGUCCCUCCCCUCUCCUGUCCUCAACCCUGCAUUUGCAAAGCUCAUCCAUCUGACUUUGGCAUUAGUGUGAGCUGUCAGGAAAGAAAUAUCCAGAGCCUAGCUGAUCUUACACCUAAACCUCCAAAUUCCAAGAAAUUGCACCUCAGCGGUAAUUACAUUCGAAAUAUCAGCCCCACUGACUUCCAAGGGUUCGAAGGAUUAGAUCUCUUACACCUGGGCAGUAAUCAAAUAUCCACUGUUCAAAAAGGGGUGUUUGGAAAUCUGACCAACCUCCGUAGGCUAUACCUUAAUGGAAAUCAGCUUGAGCAGCUUCACCCAGAAAUGUUCUUCGGCCUCAGUAACCUCCAGUAUUUGUAUUUGGAAUACAAUGCCAUAAAGGAGGUGUUAGCAGGGACAUUUGACUCCAUGCCAAAUUUGCAGCUCUUGUAUCUAAACAACAACGUGCUCCGAAGCCUCCCUGCUUAUAUUUUUGCUGGUGUGCCUCUCGCUCGAUUGAAUCUAAAGAACAAUCACUUCAUGACUUUGCCUGUGAGUGGCGUGCUGGACCAGCUCAAAUCCCUCACUCAGAUAGAUCUGGAAGGCAAUCCCUGGGAAUGCUCAUGUGAUUUAGUGGCUUUGAAACUGUGGUUGGAGAAGCUGAAUGAGGGGGUGGCUGCCAAGGAGGUCAGAUGUGCAUCCCCAGUGCAGUUUGCAAACAUUGAGCUGCGGGAGCUGAAAAACGAGAUCCUGUGCCCUAAGCUCAUAGCCAGGCCUCCUUUUAUCCUGACUAGUGCAACCCCCCUGGCCACAUCAAUGUCACCUGCUGGAGUUGGUAAGGCACCUCCUGGUGGGCCAGUGCCUCUGUCAAUCAUGAUUUUGAGCAUCCUGGUGGUCUUAAUCCUCACAGUGUUCGUUGCUUUCUGCCUGCUGGUCUUCGUGCUCAGACGAAACAAAAAGCCUGUUGGGAGGCAGGAGGGGCUUGGCAACCAGGAGUGCGGCUCCAUGCAGCUCCAGCUGAGGAGGCACAACCACAAAUGCAACAAGAACGAUGACCUGGGCGGAGAGACCUUUAUCCCACAGACCAUUGAGCACAUGAGCAAAGCCCACACUUGUGGAAUGAGAGACUCAGAUGCCGGCUUCAAGUUUGCCGACUCCCAGAGACCGAAAAUGUUCUUACGCAACAGCGCAGACAACGACAAGGACUCUCUAACGCUGGACCCCAGGAAACGAUUAAGUACCAUUGAUGAGCUGGAUGAGUUCCUACCUGGAAGAGAGUCCAGCCUGUUUCUCCACAACUACUUGGACAACAAAAAGGAUUUCAACAGUAUAGGGGUGAGUGGUUUUGAGAUCCGUUACCCCGAGAAACCACAUGACAAAAAAACAAAAAAGUCAUUGAUAGGGGGUAACCACAGUAAGAUAGUUGUUGAGCAGCGCAAAAGUGAAUAUUAUGAACUAAAAGCAAAACUCCAAGGGACCCCUGACUAUCUUCAAGUACUAGAGGAACAGACAGCCCUCAGUAAAUUUUAGGCCUCUCAUCUUCAUGUGCCCCUUACUUACAAAAAAGUGCCUUAUGGAAAAAAAUAAAUAUAUUCAUGACCAAUGGAAUACUGGACACAGAUUUCAUUACACUAAAAUAUAACAUAGAAUUGGUGUUUGUGUAACUUCAAAUAUUCUUAUUUUUUUCAAAGUGAUGAUGCCAUUAUAAAGUAUAAAAAAAAUCACAUUAGUGUUUAAGAGAGGUUAUAGAGUAUCUUAUAAACAAGUGUAGUUUGCUGCUAAUGAAAUGGGUUCCAUCAGAUUAUUGCUUUUGUUUUAAAUACCAGAUGCUUUUUUUUUUAUUUUUAAACAAAUUCUUGGGUCAUAAAAGAGUAUAAUGAGUGUAAUGCAUAUUGACCCUUGUUCGUUGUUUUUGGUUGGAAGUAUUUUUAGGGUGCUUUGGAUGACAAAAUGAAACGGAGUCGAAGAUUGGCAAGCUGGGCGCAGGCAUGAACGUUUCGGAAUCUCCCAGAGUACCGUCUUUCGGAUUUUAAUUUGACACUUUUCGGGGCCUUGAAACUGGUGGAUUCAGUUGUAACUGAAAGCACUGACAGUUCCAACAUCUUUAACAAUCUGGAUUAUUCCGUCUGUUGUUUCUGUAAGGAGCCAUUUAAAUUUGUUCUAACGAAAUGUGAUUCCUCUUGAAGUUUUUGGGUACGGCACAUGACAGGACAUUCAUAAACCCAAGAAAAUAUCUCCAUAGCUGCUUGCCAUGUAAGCGUAUCUGAUUUAUUUUGUAAGUCGACAUUAUUUGUAUUUGUGAGGCAGUUUUUAAAUGACAAAGAACAAUCCCAUCAAGACAUAAAUGGAUUCAAGAAAACAAAAAAGAAAAUCAAAAAAAGGACAAAAACACUGAAGUCCACUGUCACCUGUCAAUUGGUAGAUUACUUAACUUCAUAUUUAAUUUAUUUUUCUAUGCAGGACUAUUUAAAGGUUAUUGGUACUAUUUAAGAUUACAAGGGACUUUUUGAAUGCUACAAGUGAUUGGAGCUAUGCUCUGAACAACUAACUCGAACAUUUCUGUUCUGAUAUGUGUCCCAUUAUGUAUUUUACUGCUAACCUGAGCAUAGGAGCUAGCGUCAGUGAUAGUGAUGUAACUUUCACUAUUACUUUGCAAGAGGUAAUGCCUCAUAGUGUAUCAAGUCCAACAAUCUUAUAGCCCAUGAAUAUUUUGUCAAAGAAUUUUUUUAACAAUAUGCAACCAAAAUAAGUGUGCAUUACCGUGAUAUGAUUCUGAAUUUUAUCAAUGUGUUAUGGGAUUCAAAAUGGAAUUAGGGAGAAGGCGUGUAGAUCUUUCUUGUUUUUUUUUUUUUAUUUAUUUCUCUUUAUUUUAAUGAGGACUGUGCAUUUUCACAUUAUCUUUGAAAUUCAAUGUGUUUUUGCUAAGAUCUACUGAUUUGGUCAGAAUCAUAUCACACUCCAUGUGCAAUAUUAUUAUGCUCAAUCAUAUUAGCUUGACAAUUUUACUUUGUCCGCUCGAGUUAAUAUUAUGGAGAGACCAGUUUUACGUUCAGAAAAAAAAAGAAAUAUAUAUAUUAUUCAGUCCUUAUUUAAGAUAUUGUUAAGUUAAUGAUUGUUUGAAAUAGAAUGUACCUUGAACAAUAAAAUAAAUACAAUUUUAUAUAUGAGAAAUCGACAUAAUUUUCUGUGUUGGUAUAAUUUUCUAUGUUCAUUUUUUUUUCUUUGAUUACCACUUUUCGAAUAAAUGGACUGAGAUGCUUAUUAAAUAAUUUUCAGAAAAAUACUACCGUAACGCCAUACUUAAGCUUGCAUUUAAGCUGCUGAUUUUUUUUAUUUUCUAGCAUGUUUAACACUUUCACUAAAUUACUAGUGGAAUAUGAUACAGCCACAUUUUUCAUAUGCUUAAUGAAUUGUUUAUGCAUUAUUGUUCACAAUAUACAAUAAUUUCAAGAUACAUGUUGGAAAAGUUCAGCAGCACAGCCUGUCUUGGUGUGUUUAUCUAAUUUGAGUAAUCUCAUGUUUUGAUCAAGGGCUUUGCCUAGAAAAUGACCACAAUCGGGUGUCCUAAAUUAUUUUUUGUUUCUGUUGAUACUCAGAAUAUAAGCCUCUGCUCCAGACUGUUGACGUGCUCUUACACUGUUGUUCAACGUAUUGCCAUUUUGUAGUUGUUUUUCUGUAUUAAGCAUGCACAGAUAUUUUUCUUAUACAUUCUGUUGUUCCUGGUUCAUUCUGCUUUUUGCGAGAGUGAUUUGGGUGCUUUCAUAAAAAAAUCAGAAGUGCAUUUGAGAGUGUGAUUAUGAAUGAAGGUUGGCCAUACAGUGCACCCACAGUGUCAACUGUAUAGUGUCCUAAAUUAACUAUCAUCACUGGUUUAAGCUUUGAAUGGCCAGAAUGUUGUGAAUAGGUGCAUUUAUUAUUAGGAAUUUAAUUUGAUAUUGUUCCCAUUGCUCAAAUUUUAGUUCCCAGCGUGCCAGUCGAACAUAAAUUCUAUCAUAGUUUGAAAAUAAAAUAUCAUGUCUUUUGAUUUGCAAACUAGUAAAAGUUACCAGUUGCACCAAGGUACAUAGUUUCAACAUUGCCUUAAUAUAUAACUUAAAACUACAGCCUACUGAUUAGUAGUUGCAGCGUUCACCAUAAAUGAAACUACUUGGUAAAAGCACCCACUAUAUAUUUUAUUUUAUUUUGUGAAGCCUUGGAUGUAGUAUUUCCUGAUAAUGUCAAAUCACACUCAUUGUGUGUUCUAGGACUGACUUUACAUCCUGAUUUUGGAUCAAAGUUAUGUUCAUUUGGUGCAAAAGGCUGCAAGGGCUCUUCUUAUGGAAUCUGUCAUAGAGCUUGAAGAACUUUCUUUCUCCAUUUGUUGUGGUUUUUCCCUUACAUGUGCUAUUUUAGUUAUAUUUAUUUCUGAUUUGGUGUCUUUUCUGCUUGUUGUAUUAUCACUUUCUUUUAUUUUCAGUCAUGCUUGUUCAGUCAGUAGUUUUUGUGUUCUGGAUCAUACAAUAUAUCUUCAUCUGAAGCAUCUUAAUUCCACAAAGUAUAACUCCACAUACCCUGAUGUUCUGUUCUAUAGCAGUAGGCCCAAAUCUCUUGCUGAACUUUGAAAAAAAAACACUUUUCUUUUGCAUAAUCUACUUUCAAAUUCGUUCUGCACUAAUUAAUGGCCUUUUUUUGAGUAAGCAUGCAUAUUCUUGAAUAAGCAAUUAGUGCCAGCGUGUGUCUCCUUGACAACUGUGCUAUUGAUGCUUUUUUUUUUUUAUCGCACCAUGCCAGGAUUAAGUCGGACAAAGGAAGGUUGUCCGUCCAAAACGAGCCUGGGGUUCAGUUUAAGGUGAUUCACAUUGACCUGCGGUUCUUUCCAGCCUGAAUAUCACUGUAAUCACUGAUGCUGCUAAAAAAAAAAGGUUCAGCCAUUUUAAUUGGUGAAACUGGAUGUUAAACAUUCAACAACCGUUUCUUCAAGUUAGAAAAUUGCACGCUGUUUGCUCCCUCACACACACAUGCACACAUACACACGCACACACACACAGCAUUACCAGUGCCAGCAAAGGUCUCCGAUACCCCAUGCUACUCACCGUAUCAAAUGUCUGUUGAUUCAUGUGUUCACGUGAAUGGUGAUGUCCUGUUUGAAACCCCAUCCCUUGCCUCUAGUUCCUACUGGGCUCAGUGUAAUUGUGGACUUCUAUGUCUGUGUUUAUCUUUAUUGGGAGAGAGAGAUGGGUUGAGGAAAGCUGAGGCGGUGCUGAUAGAUAAAAUGCCUGAGACCUAUGGGACAGAGGUAGCGCUUAUUUGUUUGCAGCUGCAACAAGUAAGUGUUAGCUCUGUCCCUUUAUUUAUUUAUUUAUUUAUUUAUUUAUUUAAAUUUCAGCACAUCUCCGAGGGGGAAAAAAAGCAAGACAGAGUGAAAGAGAGAGAGAAAAAAAAAACCCUGCUGUUCAGCUGGCAUUUCUGCGCGUGCUCUGAAUUGCUAAACACCAGAGCCUCGCUUGACAGGUUUACUUCCUUGGCAGUGGCAUCAGUGACAAUUUGAAAAAGCUUUGCGUUCUCCAUUCAGGAUGUGACAGAGACAUGACAGGAGCAGAACAAAGACACGCUACAUGAGUGCGUGUCUCAGCAUGGGGAGAAAUGGGAUAAAUCACCUUCUUGAUCACAGUUGUUUGUGUCAUACUGGCACACACAGAAGUACACAUUGAUGUGUAUUGAUGUGAAUUAGAUUUGGAGUGGUAUGAAAAAAUGCACAGGAUUAAAAUCGUACAACCUUACAAUGAAAAAAAAAAAAAGAUUUUAGCAAUACACAAAUUUAUCAAAUCUUUCUCAUUUUUAGAUUAUUAUAAAGUGUAUACAAGUUUAUGCGGUCUAGACAUUUUUACUAAUUUCAAGGAAAUUACCUCAUUCUGUUGGCAGACAAUUUGGAUAAACUGAAUUUGGAAAAUGAAUUCAUUCAGAAAUCAUUGAAAGGAAGAAAGAAUGAAAGAAUUGCAGCUGUUGCACAUUCAAACACAGCAUAAACUGAGAUUUGCUUAUUUCAAAAAUUAAUUUCUAGAGAGAAAAAAAAGCAAAAAACUUAUAUUGAUAACACUUUCCAUGAAGCCCCUAUUCAUAAAUCAUUAUAAUUGUGCUUAUAAUAAUUUUAUGUAAGUUAGUAAUGAUUCUUUUUAAGCAUCUUUAUAAACUCUAAUAAUGCCUCAUAAAGUUUAAACAAUUCUUAAUAUAAUGUCUAAAUAUGUAAUAUAAUAUGAUGUCAUGUGCUGUACUGCACAACCUUUAUAUCUAGUAGUGACCUGUCAUAAUUACCAACAUUAUUAACAUUAUCAAUAUUUAAAAUGUCAUUUUCACUGAGUGAUUCAUGUGCAUAUGUAUAUAUGUGUGUGUUUGUGUGUGUGUGUGUGUGUGUGUGUGUGCGUGUGUGUGUU